CUGAUCUGCAUAUUAGUAUUACUACCAGCUUUCAAUAAACGGACAUAAAGUUCUCUUAGCUUGCUGAAGACCAUCUAUUGCUGCUGCCAUGGACGAUGACUUAGAGAUAAAGGGACCGGGUUAUGACCCUAUAGCAGACGAGUUUGCAACAUACGAGGACUACCUAGACAGCCAAAUCAAUAGCACAGACGUUUAUUACUUGGAGGAUGUGGAGCUUGCGCGACAGCUGGUGGAGCUUGGGAUACGCGGGAAUGGCGAGGUCAUCCGGAGAGAGGAGUUCGAGCAGCGCAAGGAGGCUUCGGAGCAGGCGCGGCAAGCACGGCUAAACAAGAAGCCCAAGAAGCUCGCCUCUCAGGGGAAACACGUGGAGGAGUUCCCGCUGCUGCAGGCUCUGAAGGACCGCGAGGAGGCGGUUCGCAACGGCAAGCUGACCACCAUCAUCUUCAUCCGGGACAAGAACAGCAAGGGACAGGAGGUGUCCGGCUACAUCGACUACGGGCACCGACUCAAGACGGAGAGCAUGGAGCCGUACUUUGACCGCAAGAAGCGGCUCAUGCCGCGCCCCUCCGACCUGUCCUUCUACAACUGGGAGACGCAGAUGUCCACCUCCAACCCGACACCCAACUUCCAGGUUAUCGCCGACAACGAGGCUGGGCUGCUGUUCAAGAACAAGCGCGACCGCAAGGUGAUCAACGUGGACCCGCGAGCCAAGCCCGGCGACAACUCCACUCGCACGGAGCUGGAGACGGCCGAGUACCUGCAGGUGGUGGUGUACGACCACGUGACACGGAGGAGGAGCUGAGGCGGGGCGGGGAGGGAGCUAGGUGGGAGUGGGAAAGAAUAUGCAGAAGGAAAGGGGGUGCGGGAAAGGGGAAGGGGGUAGUUUCUGAGUGAUACGGGGAGGAGGAAGGGAGGGCUGCUGCUUGGGCUGAUAAACAGGUCGCGGUUAAUAAACGAGCAGUUAAGGUGUGAUGGGUGCAGUUCUUAUCCAUGUAUAGAAUUAGAAAUGGAUAGCGCAGCGCUGGAUAGCGCGAUUCGUCGUGGCAACGGCAACCAUGCGCACGGGAGUUUAGUGUUCGAGAAUAGAUAUGCAUACUAGUUUUGUACAUAUUAACGGAUAAUACCUUACGGCACGGUAGUUCUAUUGCGGCGCUGUAUGCGGUAGUCCAUUAGACGACGGUUCAGGCUGCGUACCAUCCAUAGCAACCAUGAUCUUACUUGCGGUUUUUGCUUGCCUAAAGUGACGGAGGUGCUUGAUCAUAGGCGCUUACUUAUACGCGUCUCGACUGUUGCGGCUGACAUGAGCCUUUGUCACGUUUCCUAGAGGUGUGGCUUUCCACCGACGCAGUAUUCCUUGCCUGUACUCAGUAACCAGGGAUGCCGAA